CGGCGACAAUGUCUUGUGGUACGCUUUACACGUAUCCAGAGAACUUCAGAGCUUUUAAGGCUCUUAUUGCUGCUGAAUAUAGCGGAUCUAAGAUCACGCUUAAAUCUGACUUCGUUUUCGGUGAAACAAAUAAAUCCGAAGCUUUCCUUAAGAAAUUUCCUCUUGGAAAGGUUCCAGCUUUUGAAGGAAACGAUGGAACGCUUUUGUUUGAGAGCAACGCCAUAGCCUAUUACGUAGCUAACGAGCUUCUACGUGGCGCCAACGCUGCUGAUGCCGCUAAAGUUCUACAAUGGGUUAAUUUCGCAGAUAGCGAAAUUCUUCCAGCAGCUUGUGACUGGACUUUCCCAUGCCUUGGGAUAAAACAGUUCAACAAAACUGCAACCGAUAGCGCUAAGCAAGUCAUUAAAGCCGCUUUGUCGACUUUGAACUCUUACCUAGCCACAAGAACAUAUUUGGUUGGAGAAAGAGUCACCUUAGCCGACAUUAGCGUCGUCUGCAGCAUGCUCCUUCUAUACAAACUUGUCUUGGACCCAGAAUUCCGUCAACCAUACCCCCAUGUCAAUAGAUGGUUCACCACCUGCAUUAAUCAACCAAGCUUUAAGAAAGUUUUGGGAAGCGUUGAAUUGUGCACUAAGAUGGCUCAAUUUGAUGCCAAAAAGUGGGCAGAAUUCUCUGGCCAAGGACAAAAGAAAGAUAAACCGAAGAAGGAACAGAAACAAGAACCCAAGGCUGCUAAGCCCAAGGAAGCAGCAGCACCGGCAGCUGAACCAGAACCAGAGAAGAAGCCAGUCAACAAGGAUCCCUUCUCAGUUUGUCCACCAACUAACUUCAACUUCGAUGCUUUCAAGAAAGUCUACUCUAAUGAAGACACCAUCACAAAAGCCGUUCCCUACUUUUGGGAACACUUUGAACCUGAAAAUAUGUCCAUCUGGUAUUGUGAAUACAAAUACCCUGAAGAUCUAACAGCAGUCUUUAUGAGCUGCAAUCUCAUCAGUGGUAUGUUUCAACGUUUAGAGAAAUUAAGAAAAGCAGCCUUUGGAACUGUACUCCUAUUUGGAGAGGCUAACAAUUCAACGAUUUCUGGUAUCUGGUUUUGGAGAGGACAGGACCUAGCCUUCCCAGUAAGUUUACCUACUAUUCAAAAUGUUUUUUCAAAUUACACGAUUUAAAUGUCAUUUUUUUAACAGCUCUGUCCUGAUUGGACGACUGAUUAUGAAACAUACGAUUGGAAAAAAUUAGACCCAUCUUCCGAAGAAACUAAGAAGAUGGUUCAAGAAUAUUUUGCUUGGGAGGGUGAUUUUGGUGGUAAAAAAUUCAACCAAGGAAGAGUCUAUAAGUAAAAAACUAGGACGGUAAAUGUUACUCGAAUAAAAAAUUAUAAAUUUAAGUCUGGUACGACUAUUUUCAAUAAACCAUUCAAUGAAGA